AUGAAUUUUUCUCAAAUUAAUUACACAAUGGAGACUCCUUAUUAAAAUAAAAAUAUUAGAAUGUUUGGUACAUUAACAUAAAAUCCAAAAUUCAAUAGAUUUAAUUCAACAAGUCCAAGAAAAUAUCUGAAAACCAAUAAUUUCAAAAAUGAUUGGAGUCUUGAAAAUGAAAGCCAAGCUCUUGAAAGUUUAGAUAGAAGACCAAGAAUUUAUUCUUAAAAUAUUUCAAAUAUAUUCUCAAAUUAGACUGUAAGAGAAAAAACUUAGCAUUAAUCGAUUUCUUAAAAAAAUAAUUUAAAUGGACAGGGUUCCUAAAACUAAACCCCUCAAGGUAAAAAAAAGAUUAGUUCUAUUGAUUUAAACUGUAAAUUAAAUUUAAAUAUUAGAAUCCUUUAAUCAAUUUGUGAUGUCUUCAUAAUCAGUUUCACCCAAAAGAAAAUUCAAGAAACCAAAAGUAAAUUAGAAUCUGAAUUAGACUUUUUAUUAAUAACUGUUUCCAUCACAAAGAACUACAAAUAGAGCAUUUGUAAUUAUGAAAAGCAUUUUGUUUAAUGA